AUGUUCAACUACUGGACAAACCUUCGGCUCAACCUUGAUAUCCCCGGUUUGGAGCCUCUUGAAUACGUCGGCCGAGUGGACGACAACGACACAGGUCUCUUUAGCGCAGGUUUCGAAACCUCAGUUGCCGCAGAGAUUUCUGCUUCCGUGGUGGUCAAAGGUAUCGAGUCCAUGUUUGCAAUCAUGAACAAUCUGCCUUUCGUCCUUAGGCAUCUCUUUUUGUCUGGAGGACUGGCGAAAGAAGUGUGUCUCGACUUGUUUAAUCGACAUUUAUAUGCUUCACCCGGGCACGACGUCAUCCUCGCCUUCAAGACGCAAUCUAUCGAGGAGCUCCUCGUGCAAGCCAUUGCUCUCAAACACAUGGCCAUCAUUGCAAGGGAGAUAGUGCUGGGUGACAAAGCAGAUCUCUCCUUCCGGCAUGCUCUUCAACAGAUGUGGGUGGUGCAAGCUCACCAAAGCCCGCAGGCACUGCCCUUCAGGUUCUUGUUUGUCAUCAUGCUGCUCUACUUGUAUGGAAGACCAUAUCAUGCCUUGGGCAUCCUACAAAAUAUUGAACCCCUUGUCUAUAAUACCGCCCCUAAACCUGACGAUGGCUUUGCUGCCAAACUCCAAUAUGAAGCUUGCCUAUAUCAGUAUUAUCUCCUAGAAAGCGAUAUCCUGAGCGAAGUGGAUGGAGUACCGUCAGAGCGCCUGCAUGCCAUCAUUGUCACUGCCCUCACUCAAGACAUGGCAGUCACCUUUCCAAAUGUAUUUACGAACGCACUAAGUGCGACGUCGGUCGAGAAUCACCAUUCGCGGGAGCUCCAGGCACACUUGCAGCUCAGGGCCUAUAUGAACACCAUUCUAGAACACAUGUACAACAUCGAUCGAGCCUAUUGCCGCCCAAGACAUGUUGCGGCGGUUGUUACCGAUAUUGCCCGGCGUCUGGAUCUGUGGUACUGGACCCUUCCCCUGACUAUGAGAUUUCCUCGACACCCGUCUUCCUUCUGUUUGGCCUCCGAAGAUAUGUCGCACAUCAUGGACGAGUUGAGUUUUCGAUACUACGCAACUAUAUUCCUUGUCAAUCGCCCUAUAUUGUACCACGUGCUGCACGUGAAAUAUGAAAACGCGGUCAACUCCUCCAACCCUGAUCCUGCUGGAUACGAUCCGAUCCAGGAUUCGUGGGUGUUCGAGUCUUGCCACAACUGCGUGCAGAACGCGACCAUGAUUAUUCUUCUGCACUCAAGAAGACAGCAAACCGGCCGCCACGAAUAUUUGGAGAGUUGGUGCAAUCUCCAGCACCUUGUCGCCGCAUAUGCAACCAUCCUUCAGGUUCAGACAUCGGCGAUCUCAAUCCUUCUACAAGGCUAUGGAGAUCCGGAUCACUUACUUGACCUUGCCGAAGUUGUGCUUGAGAAAGGCUUGAACAGGCCUGCCAAUAUUCGCGAAUCGUUGGACAUUCUUCGAAACAUUCGACAAAACUUUAAGAGGAGUACACCACCCACUCCAUGGACGGGCAAUGGCUGUGUGGCUUCACCUGUCUACUCUGUCGCGAGCCACAAGAGCCAGGUCGGCCAUCAGAGCUAG